AUGGCAGGCAUCUUUGAGCAGCCGCGGAAUGCGGACACUCUUUUCCUGGGAGGCCAGAAAAUCACCGGUGCUGAUGUCCGGGAGCAGAACGUCCUUGCAACGCAGGCUAUUUCAAAUGUGGUCAAGAGCUCCUUUGGCCCCUCAGGCUUGGACAAGAUGAUGGUGGAUGAUAUCGGCGAUGUAACGGUCACGAACGACGGUGCAACCAUCCUGAGCCUACUUGACAUUGAGCAUCCCGCCGGCAAGAUCCUGGUCGACCUGGCUCAACAGCAGGAUAAGGAGGUGGGAGAUGGAACGACUUCCGUGGUUUUGAUUGCUGCCGAACUUUUGCGACGAGCCAACGAAUUGAUGAAGAACCGUAUCCACCCCACGACCAUCAUCACCGGCUACAGACUAGCCCUCAGAGAAGCUGUUAAGUACAUGAACGAAAACAUCACUACAAAGGUGGAAUCGCUUGGGAAGGAUAGUUUGGUGAACAUCGCCAAGACAUCGAUGUCCAGCAAGAUCAUUGGUUCCGAUGCCGACUUCUUCGCCAACAUGGUUGUGGAUGCGAUGCUGUUGGUGAAAACCACAAAUCAGAGGAACGAGGUCAAGUACCCCGUCAAGGCUGUAAAUCUGUUGAAGGCUCACGGUAAGAGUGGGACGGAAUCUAUGCUGGUCAACGGCUACGCCCUUAACUGCACCGUUGCUUCUCAGGCUAUGAAUACCCGGGUAACGGAUGCGAAGAUCGCUUGUCUGGACAUGAACCUGCAGAAGGAGAGAAUGAAGCUUGGCGUCCAGAUCACAGUCGAAGAUCCCGACCAGUUGGAGAAAAUCCGUCAGAGGGAAGCUGGAAUUGUCCUGGAGCGGGUCGAGAUGAUUAUCAAGUCUGGAGCCAAUGUCGUUUUCACUACGAAGGGUAUCGAUGACAUGGUCCUCAAGCUGUUCGUGGAAAAGGGUGCUAUGGCUGUCCGGCGUUGCAAGAAGGAGGAUUUGAGGCGUAUUGCCAAAGCCACCGGUGCAACUCUAGUCAGUUCGCUAUCGGAUCUCAAUGGAGAUGAGAAGUUCGAGGCUUCGUACCUGGGACACGCGGAGGAAGUCGUGCAGGAACGGAUAUCGGAUGACGAGUGCAUUCUCGUUAAGGGAACUAAGGUCCAUACCUCGGCUUCGAUUAUCCUACGUGGAGCCAAUGAUUUCAGCUUGGAUGAGAUGGAGCGUUCGGUCCACGAUUCUCUGUGUGCUGUCAAGCGAACCUUGGAGAGUGGCAGCAUCGUCCCCGGAGGUGGUGCUGUCGAAACAGCCCUUCACAUCUACCUUGAAGAAUUUGCUGUCACGGUGGGCUCCCGGGAACAACUCGCUAUUGGUGAAUUUGCCCAGUCCCUGCUGGUGGUCCCCAAAACCCUGGCUGUCAAUGCGGCGAAGGAUUCGUCUGAACUUGUUGCGCAGCUCCGAGUCCGCCACGCUCUUUCCCAACGGGUGCAGGACGGCGAUGCCAACGAAGAAGAAAAGGCCAUUGCCAAGAAAAAGACGUACCGGAACUACGGUCUUGACCUGACCAAGGGACGGGUCCAUGAUGCCCUUAAGGCCGGAGUGCUGGAGCCUAGUAUGGGCAAGGUCAAGCAGCUUAAGAGUGCCGUUGAAGCCUGUAUCGCCAUCAUGCGUAUCGACACCAUGAUUAAGCUGGAUCCGGAAAGGAAGGAGGAUGAUGGACAUGGUCACUAA